CGCGCGGCCGUGAUAAAGCAACGAACGCGCAAGAGUGUAGCGGUGUUCGUGACGUCAGGCGCGUGCGAUUAUUUUGAACGGGGGUCAAGAUGGCGGAGGAGAGCAGCUUAAAGCACCGGAAUCACACCGGACAGAACUGCACAAGUAGCCGAUAUAACGAAGGUGUGUCUGGGGUGGAGGAUGUCCAGCGUAAGAUGAGAUCUGACGAUUUGGAUGAGGAACCGCUGCUGGACGAGGCGGAGGCUUACGGGCCGAUCCAGAUCGUAAUUGCAGAUGAGGAUAAUCAUGAGUUUUCUCUGGACGAAGAGGCGCUGGAGCGACUCCUCUUGCGGGAGCAUGUGCGAGAUCUCAAUGUGGUGGUGGUGUCUGUGGCGGGCGCCUUCCGCAAGGGCAAAUCCUUCCUGCUGGACUUCAUGCUCAGAUACAUGUACAACAAGAGCUCAGAUUUCUGGCUGGGUGGGAAUGAAGAGCCGCUAACGGGCUUCACCUGGCGGGGCGGCUGUGAGCGGGAGACGACGGGCAUUCAGGCCUGGAGUGAUGUGUUUGUGGUGGAGAAACCGGAUGGCAGCAAGGUGGCAGUGCUGCUCCUGGACACGCAGGGAGCGUUUGACAGUCAGUCCACCAUCAAAGACUGCGCCACCCUGUUUGCCCUCAGCACCAUGACCAGCUCCGUACAGGUCUAUAAUUUGUCCCAAAACGUUCAAGAAGACGAUCUGCAACAUCUUCAGCUCUUCACAGAGUACGGCAGACUGGCCAUGGAGGAGAUCUACCUGAAACCCUUCCAGUCUCUCAUGUUUCUCAUCCGAGACUGGAGCUACCCGUACGAACACGCUUACGGUCUGGAUGGGGGGAAUGAGUUUCUGGAUAAGAGACUGCAGGUGAAACAGAAUCAACAUGAAGAACUUCAGAACGUCAGGAAGCACAUCCACUCCUGCUUCUCCAACAUCAACUGCUUCCUGCUGCCGCACCCCGGACUCAAAGUGGCCACCAACCCUCACUUUGACGGCCGGUUACGAGAUAUUGAUGACGAGUUCAAGAGAGAGCUGGUGAAACUGGUGCCGCUGCUGUUGGCUCCAGAGAACCUGAUGGAGAAGGAGAUAAGCGGCUCCAAAGUCACGUGUCGAGAUCUCCUACAGUAUUUCAAAGCCUACAUGAAGAUCUAUCAGGGCGAAGAACUGCCGCACCCCAAGUCCAUGUUACAGGCGACUGCUGAAGCCAAUAACCUGGCAGCCGUAGCAGGAGCGAAAGACACGUACAACAAGAGCAUGGAGCAGGUGUGCGGCGGAGACAAACCCUACAUCGCGCCGGCCGAUCUGGAGCGCAGCCACAACGAGCUGAAGCAGACCUGUGUGCGUCAGUUCCGCACCGUGAAGAAGAUGGGCGGAGAGGAGUUCUGCCGCCGCUAUCAGGAGCAGCUGGAGCAGGAGCUCGACGAGGCCUACGCAAACUUUGUCAAACACAACGACGGAAAGAACAUUUUCUUCGCGGCGCGCACGCCCGCCACGCUCUUCGCCGUGAUGUUCAUCAUGUACGUGGUGUCUGUGGUGACAGGCUUUGUGGGCAUAAACUCUGUGGCGACGAUGUGUAACAUGAUGAUGGGCGUAGCGCUGGUGUCGCUGUGCACCUGGGCGUACGUCAAAUACUCAGGCGAGUUCAGAGAGGUGGGCAGCUUCAUCGACCAGGUGGCGGAAACCCUGUGGGAACAGAGGACGCCGAGGAAGGUCUUUUCCAAACUUUUUGAAGUUGCCAGGAGCAAAGUGACGCUGGGCGCCCUGAUACCGACACAGCGACAGAGACUGUCAUCGAACAACAACGUCAAGAAGAGGAACUAGCCGUUUUAGCAGCGUCACGCUCCAGCUGAAGAAACCAAGUGCGCCGUGAACGCAGGUCGGCACGUUCACCCUCUUCUGUCCCACUCGGAUGGAGGAUUCUGGGGGUUUCACGGGGUCUUUCACCAGGUUUCCUCUUUCUCAUGUCAUUCCCAUGCUGUCCGUCUCGUCUGUCCCGUAUUUGUUCUUGGAGAAGCGUUCGGCCUCCAUCAGUCCUCCGGAAGACCUCGAGCAGUGUUACCGGUAGAGGACCUAGUUGAAAACGCUGAACUGUACCAAUGAUUUCUGUCUCUCUGCUGUACAGAUGAACUUCCUCGGCUUCGAUCAUUCCAUCCAGAUGUGUUUUCCUGUACAGAUUAGGUUUUUAAACUGGUCACGUGUAGGGCAUGUUGUAUGAGAUCUGUGUGUAACUCCAGGUUUUCUACACUCUUCUUUUGUAGCAGGACAAACGAUGGUUUCAUGUUUAUCUGCAGGAAUGCUUCUGUGAUUCGUGUCCAUGUUGGAGAGAAACACACACACACACACACGCUUAGUUUUAUACAAUCUUCAUUCAUGUCAUCUGCCUUGAGCAUUGCGAUUCCGGAAUGUUUCAUUCUUUUUCAUUUAUAAUUGUUUCUUUAAUUUAUUUUUCAAUUUGAUUAAAAUGAAUCACUGUA